AUCCUUAUCCAGUCUGCCCCCACCAUCAUUCCAACACACGCUCAUCCCUCCACUUGUUCCCAUGGCGCUGCUCGCCGUCCAGGGCAUGGCCAUGUCCGCCACUGCCUUCCUCCCGUUCCAUCACCACGGAGCCGUCUCCUCCUCCCCAUUCUCCUCCUACGCGCUCCCCGCCACCGCUGCCUUCUCCCUCUCCCGCGUCACCCUGGCCGUCACGUCGGCGACCUUCGCUCCAGUUCUUGACGUCUACUGUGGGAGAGGGGAUAAGAAGACGAAAAGGGGCAAAAGGUUCAACCAUUCAUAUGGGAAUGCGAGGCCCCACAACAAAAAGAAGGGAACUGGCCCGCCACGGCUCUAUGCCCCUCCUGCGCCUCCCAGGAAAGACCAGUUCGAUGACGGGGAGAUCAUUCCAAUCGAGAUCGAUGAGGACAUCCUGGAAUAGUAAUGUGUCUACUGCUUAGAGCUGCUCCGUACGUGGUAGCUACCAGCUGAAGCAGAACCCUGAAUUGACAGAUAUACAGCCAUCAAACAUCAUUUCUUUCAAGCUGGCGAAACUGGUAAAUUUGUGGACAGAUAUAAGGUUCUUAUAUCUUUGUGGAACACGCAACACAUUCUUAAGGGCAAGAGGAUUGGCAGAAGUAUUAAUAGAACAAUGACCAAUGUGA